UCGCGCCACAUACUGUACCUCGUUACUAGCCGUCGUUGACGUCAUCAAAACAAGCCGACCGGAGCAGCAUGGAGGAGCUCCGCCGCUGAGUAAUUUUUGACCUUUUCAAGUUUUUCUUAUCUAACAGAAUCGGGUUGAAUAGUGCUGUCCAGAAUGUCGGUCAAGCAGGCAUCAGUCCAUGCCAAAUGGAUCAUCGGCAGAGUAAUAGGGACCAAGAUGUACAAAACUGCCAAAGUGAGAGUCACUAGGCUGGUGCUGGACCCUUACCUACUCAAGUACUACAACAAGCGGAAGACUUACUUUGCCCAUGAUGCUUUGCGACAGUGCACUGUGGGAGAUAUCGUCCUUCUCAAGGCUCUGCCUGAGGCCAGGUCCAAACAUGUGAAGCAUGAACUGGCUGAGAUAGUGUAUAAAGUAGGUCGGGUGGUCGACCCACUGACAGGAAAGAGCGUUGCAGGAACUGAGUUUGUGGAGCCCCUGGCUGACCUUCCACUCGGCCUGGAGGGGGAGACGACCUUAUCAGAAAAACUUCAGGAGCUCAACAUCUCCGCCUCCUCCAGUGGAGCUGACGCCCCGCCAGCACAAACUCCAGCUCCAUGAUAGAAAACUCUGCUUUUCUGUGCCGUAAUGUUAGCUUAAACACAUGUUUCUGUUUCAGGUGUUCAUGUAAAUAUAAGUUUAUAACCCAGUAAUCUUGUUGUAUAAUAUAUAUGGAUGGAGAGCCUGAAUACAUUUGCCUUGCUGCCUGCUCAGGUAGCUUGAAUUCGUGACAUAUUUCAGAGGAAUUUACAAUAAAAUGACAAUGAGAAAA